AUGACGUUAACUUUGAAACCAUCCCUUGAAGAAGUCGAAGCAAUUGUUGCCGCAAAGAAAGGCAAUACCAUACCGGUUUAUGCACAGGUACAUGCAGACCUACUAACACCUGUAGGUGCAUAUCUGCGCAUUGCAGAGGAAAGUGAUUAUUCAUUCCUGUUUGAGUCUGUGGCUGGUGGUGAAAAAAUUGGUCGAUAUUCGUUUUUGGGUGCCGAUCCAUACAAGGUAUUAAAGACUGGUGAUAAUGAGAUUGUCAAAGGCGAUCCUCUUCUUGUCCUGGAGGCUGAAUUGAAACAAAUUGAAUAUGUGCCCGUUGCAGGACUUCCACUAUUUACGGGUGGCGCAAUUGGAUAUAUUGCUUAUGACUGUGUCAAAUACUUUGAACCUCGGGUUGCACGCGAUUUGAACGAUACCCUUGGUCUUCCUGAUUCGGUCUUUUUGUUUUGCGACACUAUCAUCAUUUUUGAUCAUCUAUACCAAAUGCUAAACGUAGUAUCGCAUUACAAGAGCACGUCUACGGAUCCUGAAAGAAUAAAGUAUGAAUAUCAUCGAGCAGCGGAGAAAAUUAAGCGCGUAUUAGCUCUUCUUCAGACUGAGAAACCCGUUCACGUUCCUCAGGAUUUCAUCGAUCUCAACCAGACGUCUACUUCUAAUGUAGGCAAAGCCGGGUAUGAAGCGUUCGUAACUAGUCUAAAAAGACAUAUCAAGGCCGGGGAUAUAAUCCAGGCUGUUCCAUCGCAAAGACUUGCGCGUCCUACUACGCUGCAUCCAUUUAAUGCGUACCGUCACUUGCGUACUUUUAACCCCUCGCCAUAUAUGUUUUACGUCGAUCUAAAAGAGUUCAAGAUUGUUGGGGCAUCUCCAGAACUUCUUGUUCGUGUCGAGAACGAUACGGUUUAUACCCAUCCUAUUGCAGGAACACGCAAGCGUGGCAAAACUGCCGAAGAGGACGAGAAAUUAGCGAAAGAGUUAUUGAAUGAUCCUAAAGAACGUGCCGAACAUGUAAUGUUGGUAGAUCUUGGCAGAAAUGAUGUGAACCGCGUCUGUCAGCCAAAGACUGUGAAAGUCGACUCUCUCAUGCAAGUCGAACGAUACAGUCAUGUUAUGCAUAUAGUGAGCCAGAUAUCUGGUAAACUUCGCGAGGGAAAAACUAGAUUCGAUGCCUUUCGAUCGAUUUUCCCUGCUGGGACUGUAUCUGGAGCACCAAAAGUGAGAGCCAUGGAACUUGUAUACGAUUUGGAGAAGGAAAAACGUGGUGUAUAUGCCGGUGCCGUCGGGCAUUUUGAUUUUGGUGAUUCAAUAGACACUUGUAUAGCUAUCCGUACAAUAGUAUUUAAAGAUGGAAUUGCAUAUCUGCAGGCAGGUGGCGGGAUUGUGCACGAUAGCACGGAAGAAUUUGAAUAUCAGGAGACUGUUGACAAAUUAAAGUCUAGCGUCGUUUGCAUAGAACAAGCGGAACAGUAUUAUUAUAACUUAGAAAAGAACUAG